AUGGAAAGUUCGACUACUACAUCUUCAACCACAGGUUGGCCCCCCGAGGAACACAAGCUUUCUAUGACCGGGGCCGACACUAGUCCUUUGGCUUCUAAAUUCGAAGAUAUUUUUCAGCGAAGUUUACAAUCCGGGUACAAACCUCGACGACUCGGAGUCACCUGGAACGACUUGACUGUGAAAGCAAAAAGCGCCGAAGCCACAAUUAAUGAGAAUGUCUUUUCGCAGUUCAACAUGCUUCGCCGUCUACAGCAACACCGACAAGGCAUGCCGUUGAAAACAAUUCUUCAUCAGAGUCAUGGAUGCGUUAAACCUGGAGAGAUGUUACUGGUCCUCGGCCGCCCUGGGUCCGGAUGUACAACACUCUUGAAGAUGCUUGCCAAUCGAAGGACAGGCUACGAAGAAAUAGAGGGUGACGUGCGGUAUGGUAGUAUGCGCCAUGAGGAGGCUGCGGAGAAUUAUACAGGCCAAAUCAUUAUGAAUACAGAGGAAGAGAUCUUCUUCCCCACGUUGACUGUGGGACAAACCCUGGAUUUUGCGACUCGUCUGAAGGUACCCGCUCACCUCCCUGGGGAUGCCGUCAAUGCAGAGGCGUACCGUGCAGAGAUGAAAGAACUCCUCUUGGAGAGUCUCCAUAUACCUCAUACGGCAGAAACGAAAGUGGGCAAUGAAUAUGUUCGUGGCGUUUCCGGGGGAGAACGAAAGCGUGUCUCAAUUAUGGAAUGCCUCGCAUCUGGCGCGUCUGUCUACUGCUGGGACAACAGUACUAGAGGUCUAGAUGCGGCCAGUGCAUUAGACUGGGCAAAGAUGAUGCGUGCGAUGGCGGAUGUAUAUGGCAGCUCGAUUAUUGCAACACUAUAUCAGGCAGGAAAUGAUAUUUUCCGCCUUUUCGACAAGGUCCUUGUUUUGGAUGAGGGGAGGCAGAUAUAUUAUGGGCCCGCUAACCAAGCACAACAAUUCAUGGAGGACCUUGGAUUCGAGUGCAGCGAGGGUGCCAACAUUGGAGAUUAUCUGACCAGUGUUACAGUUCCUUUGGAACGUCGAAUUCGUUCUGGAUAUGAAUCCAUAUAUCCCCGGAACGCUGAAGCCAUUGCCACAUCCUACCGCAACUCUAGUAUAAAAACUCAGAUGGCCUCUGAAUACGACUAUCCUGCUAGCGAACUGUCGCAGCAACGCACCAAAGACUUUCAAGAAUCUGUCGCUCUGGAAAAGCACCAUCCAAAAAGCGCAAGCACUGUCCACUUUGCAACGCAAGUACGUGCUUGCAUUAUUCGACAAUAUCAGGUGCUGCUCGGUGAUAAGAAGACGUUUGCCAUGAAGCAAGGCUCGACUUUGAUACAAGCCUUGGUGGCCGGCUCCAUGUAUUACCAUGUGAAACCCGACACUUCUGGGCUUUUUCUCAAGGCCGGCGCCCUGUUUUGGUCCAUCCUUUAUAACAGUAUGAGCGCCAUGUCCGAGGUUGUCGAUUCUUUUUCUGGCAGGCCCAUGGUAGUGAAACACAACGCCUUUGCAUAUUGCAAACCGGCUGCGUUCUGCAUUGGACAGAUAGCUGCGGAUAUUCCAAUCACAAUUUUCCAGAUCAGCAUCUGGUCUCUAAUCCUGUAUUUCAUGGUUGGCCUGAAAAUGUCUGCCAGUGCGUUCUUUACGUAUUUCGUGGUCCUUUUCGCAUGUGCGAUGUGCUCUACUGCUUUAUUCCGUGCCGUCGGAGCGGUUUUCCGAACAUUUGAUGGCGCCUCCAAGGUGUCAGGAUAUGUGGUGACAAUUAUGGCCAUGUACGCAGGUUUUCAAAUUCAACACUCCCAAAUGCGGCCGUGGUUUGGAUGGUUAUAUUGGCUUAACCCUGUUGCGUACGCUUUCGAUGGCUUGAUGAGUAACGAGUUCCGCGAUCGAGAGAUCGACUGCACCGGCGGCAACCUGAUCCCUCAUGGCGAAAGCUACGCGAAUGUGAGUAUGUCGUAUCGGUCAUGCGCUGGGGUGAGAGGUGCAACCCCAGGAUUCGCCUCGUUAACUGGAGAACAAUAUCUGGGUGCUCUAUCAUACAGUUAUACGCACUUAUGGCGAAACUUUGGUAUUCUCUGGGCUUGGUGGGUCUUCUAUGUAGCGGUUACGAUCGGUGCAACUAUGAUGUGGAAAAGUCCUUCCGAGUCCGGUGCACAGCUGCUCAUCCCUAGGGAAAGACUGGCUCGGCAUAUGCAGCUGGAUCUCGAUGAUGAGGAGUCCCAAGUGCCACAAAAGUCCUGCCAUGGUCACCACAGUCAGGAAAAAAUCGAUGGUUCACCACCCUCAACACCGGCUGCUGAAACACAAUUGGCUAAGAAUACCUCCAUCUUCACCUGGAAGAACCUGAAAUAUACUGUAAAGACUCCAUCUGGCCCCCGUGUGCUAUUGGACAACGUUCAUGGAUGGGUAAAGCCUGGUAUGCUAGGUGCUCUCAUGGGUGCGUCGGGCGCAGGCAAGACAACGUUAUUGGAUGUCCUUGCCCAGAGGAAAACAGAAGGUAAAAUUGAAGGGUCAAUCAUGGUUGACGGCCGGCCUCUAUCAGUGUCGUUCCAGCGCUCGGCUGGGUAUUGUGAGCAACUCGAUGUUCAUGAGCCCUAUGCAACCGUUAGAGAAGCAUUAGAAUUCUCGGCACUUUUAAGACAGCCUCCUGACACCCCUGAAAAGGACAAGCUCGCAUACGUGGAUGUCAUUAUCGACCUUCUCGAACUUGGAGACAUUGCGGAUACUCUUGUAGGCAAGCCUAACGCAGGCGGUUUGAACAUUGAGCAACGGAAGCGUGUUACUAUAGGUGUCGAACUAGUCGCUAAGCCUAGUAUCCUGAUCUUUCUGGAUGAGCCAACGUCGGGCCUUGAUGGACAGUCUGCCUUUAAUACUAUGCGAUUUCUGAGAAAACUCUCAAAUCAGGGCCAAGCCAUCUUGGUUACCAUCCAUCAGCCGUCAGCCCAGUUGUUCUACCAAUUUGAUACCCUCUUAUUGUUGGCCCCAGGUGGCAAAACUGUCUACUUUGGAGACAUAGGAGAAAAUGCCAGCACGCUCAAAGAAUACUUCGAACGCUAUGGGUCACCCUGUCCUAGUCAAAUGAACCCGGCAGACCAUAUGAUCGACGUGGUCUCAGGUCGAGCUUCGAACGUCGACUGGCACCAUGUAUGGCUAAAAUCGCCAGAGUAUCAGCAAUCCAUGGUUGAGCUCGACAGGCUUAUCCAAGAAUCCGCUUCAAGGGAACCAGUGAAUAACUCGAGUGCUGAUGACAACGAGUAUGCGACACCACUCUGGUACCAAACUAAAAUUGUCCUGCGCCGUAUGAAUAUCGCCCUCUUCCGGAAUACGAACUAUGUGAACAAUAAGAUAUAUCUGCAUAUUGGCCUGGCCCUGUUCAAUGGAUUUUCAUACUGGAUGAUUGGCGAUACUGUGAAUGACAUGCAGCUUCGCAUGUUCACUAUUUUCGUGUUUAUGUUUGUUGCCCCCGGUGUGGUGAAUCAGCUCCAGCCGCUGUUCAUUGAAAGACGGGAUAUAUACGACGCACGGGAGAAGAAAUCCAGAAUGUACUCCUGGAAAGCAUUUGUCACGGCCCUUAUUGUGUCCGAGUUCCCAUAUCUAUGUGUCUGUGGCGUGCUGUACUUUCUCUGUUGGUAUUAUACUGUCGGUUUCCCAGCAGCCACGGAAAAGGCUGGGGCCGCUUUAUUUGUCGUCAUCCUGUACGAAUUCUCAUAUACAGGAAUCGGUCAAUUUGUCGCAGCAUACUCGCCCAAUGCUGUUUUUGCGGCGCUGGUCAACCCUCUCCUUGUCGGAAUCAUGGUUUCUUUCUGUGGCAUCUUGGUCCCAUACGACCAGAUUAUCCCAUUUUGGAGAUACUGGAUGUAUUACAUGAACCCCCUCACUUACCUAGUUGGGAGCCUCUUGGUUUUCAACAUCUUCGAUGUCGACGUCAAGUGUGCUGACUCGGAGUUCGCCAUAUUUAAUCCGCCUUCCAACAUGACAUGUCUGGAUUACCUAUCUUCGUAUCUGGAAGCGUCUGACGCCAACCUGGUCAAUCCCGAGGCACGCUCCGAAUGCCGCGUCUGCCCCUAUACCAGCGGAGGUGGUUAUUUGAAGACCAUCAAUUUGAAUGACUACUACUUUGGCUGGAGAGACGUGGGCAUUUUUGUGAUCUUUAUUUUCAGUUCAUAUGGAUUGGUGUAUCUGUUCAUGAAGCUGAGAACAAAAGCCUCGAAGAAGGCUGAGUGA